AUGGCAACACCACUCCAGACCGAACCCAUUUCGCCGAGAGCUACACCUUUGCCUCCGCUUCCUGCUGAAGAUCCGCUCACGCCCGCGCAAUGGACCACGCUGCUCGCCAUUGCAGAUGCCGUCAUUCCUGCAAUCCAGCCCGCCUCGACAGCUACGGCGCAAAAUGAUAUUGUUGCGUCUGACCAAGACUAUUCUACUGCUAUCAGCACGCUGAGGGCCCGCAUACCCGAGAGCGACCCUGAUGCUGGGGCGGCUGCCAAAGAGUACUUGGCCGCAUAUGCAAGUCAGGACCCCGCAUUCCGUGCAGAAAUGCAGCGAGUAUUCACCCUGUACAUGCCCCAUAGUCAGAGGAAGGAAUUGGCCAUGGUGCUCGACUUGCUUGAUACCAGACCGGGGUCGUUGUUCCUAACUGGAUACCUCACACCCAUUAGCGCCCAGCCCAUCCAUGUUAGAGAGUCGAUUCUCCACGCUUGGGCAACCGCUCGCUUGGGGCCACUCCGGCAGAUGCGUCGCUCAUUCACCAUUCUCUGCAAGCAAGCGUGGAUCAAGACGUCGCCGGCUUUGCGCCGUGUUAUAGGUCUGCCGCGGGUGCCAAUUGGCAUGAGACCGGGUAAAGGGUUUGACUAUGAGUUUAUCCAGAUUCCUCCCGGUGACGAUCCUGAGGUGAUUGAGACAGACGUGCUCGUUGUGGGCAGCGGUUGUGGAGGCGGCGUGUCUGCAAAGAACUUGGCCGAAGCAGGGCACCGUGUCUUGAUUGUUGAAAAGGCCUAUCAUUGGACUCCGGAUCACUAUCCUAUGACUGAAGCUGAUGGGUGGCACCAUCUCUUCAUGAGCGGCUCCUUCUUGACGUCUGACGAUGCCUCCGUCAGCGUCGUGGCGGGGCAGUCUUUGGGUGGAGGAGGAACAGUCAAUUGGUCCGCUUCUCUCCAGACCCAAGGCUACGUCCGCCGCGAAUGGGCAGCACGAGGCCUGCCGUUUUUUACAUCUGCAGACUUUCAGCAGUCGCUGGAUCGUGUCUGUGACCGGAUGGGCGUUUCGACUGAGCAUAUCAAGCAAAACCCGGGCAACAGGAUGUUGUUAGAUGGUGCCAGGAAACUAGGGUGGAAUGCCAAGCCAGUUCCCCAGAAUACUGGGGGGAAGCAGCAUUACUGUGGCUAUUGCAAUUUUGGCUGUGGCUCGUGUGAGAAGCAAGGGCCGGUAGUGUCGUUCCUGCCGGAUGCGGCUCGUGCGGGCGCAAAGUUUCUCGAAGGUUUCCAUGCCGAAAAGGUUGUUUUUUCCAUGCAAAACGGUCAACAGGUAGCCACGGGCGUCGAAGGAACAUGGGCGUCUCGUGACAUAAACGGUGGAGUGGCAGGUUCGCCUGUUAACCGGCGCAAGGUGCUGAUCAAGGCAAAGCGCGUUAUUGUCUCUGCAGGCACACUGCAGUCUCCCUUACUGCUGAUGCGCUCUGGUCUGAAGAACCCGCGAAUUGGCCAGAAUCUGUAUCUUCAUCCCGUCACGUUUCUUGGUGCUUACCACAAGGCAGAAACCAACCCAUGGGAAGGAGGCAUCUUGACGGCUGUCGUUGGUGAAUUCGAGAAUCUUGAUGGGAAAGGCCAUGGUGCCAAGCUUGAAGCCACCAACAUGAUACCAUCUGCCGGUCUCAUGUGGGUAGAUUGGAAGGGAGGCUUACAAUGGAAGCUCGAUGCUGCCAGGCUAAAGCACAUGGUGGGUUACAUUUCCAUUGUCAAGGACAAAGAUACAGGAAGGGUGUAUCCAGAUCCCGUCGAUGGCAGAGUGCGAGUUUCGUACCAGGUCAGCAAGUUCGACAGGCAAAAUAUCAUGGAAGGUAUUUUGGCCCUGGCGAAGAUCCAAUACAUUCAAGGCGCAGAAGAAAUCUUCACAACCAUACCUGGCCUGAGGUCAUUUGUCCGGGACCCUUCUGCGCCGUUAGGGGACGGCAUCAAUAACGCAGAAUUCCAGGCGUGGCUCGCAGAGGUCGAGGCCAAGGGCUUUCAGUCGCCCGAGAGUAUGUUUGUGUCUGCACAUCAGAUGGGAACGUGUCGCAUGAGUGCGCAAGAAUGGGACGGUGUUGUCGACCCCCAGGGCAAAGUUUGGGGUACAGAGGGGUUAUACGUGGCGGACGCAAGUGUUUUCCCCAGUGCUAGCGGGGUCAAUCCCAUGGUAACAAACAUGGCUAUUAGUGAUUGGAUCAGUAGGGGAAUUGCAAAGGGUCUGGAGGAGCGUCCCCGCCUGUAA